CCCUAAUUGCGUUCGUUUUCGAUAGGUUUUCUGGAACAAUACACAAUGCAGGUUCCCCUCUUUUCCGCGCACCACUGUACAGCCGACAUAAAGUCUCGGACGCGAAAGAAACGAGGGGAAAACAGGUAUAAGAAUGCAGCGAUGAGCUGUUCUCAAGGACAUACAGCAAUCAACAGCAACUCUACAAAUACAUUCAAUAACUACUCUUUCGAAAUUUAAACUCGUUUCGCUCCCCCAGAAAAGUACAGACGAAUCAUCAUGUCUUAUCAACCCACCAACCUUCCACAGUCCUCUGUGAACCACACCUGGGGCCAACUCCUGCCCUCCCUCAAUGGACUAUAUGACGCCCAGUUGGACGAACGCUUUGACAUGGAAGAUCCUAUCACAACCUCCAUGGCACCUCAAUCCGCACCAGUCGCCGUUGCUAUCUUGGAGAAGCCGAAGCCCUCGAGGCCGUUAGAGAGGGCCCACCAUCAUGUAAAACCUAAGACGUCCAAGAAGUCCGAAAGUGAACCCCAACACCCCACUGCAAUCCACUCUUGGAGUCAGCUUUCUCUGGCUAGCACCCUGUCUGAGGAAGACUUCGAGGCCCGCUUCGCUGCCGAAGAGGAAGAAUUGACACGCGCUGGCAUCAUCAAAGAGCCAACUUCAACCGCUGACAACAACAACGCUCCCUCUCUCCCCAAAGACCAAGACCAAACUAAGAAACUUGCUUGCAUUGUCAAGAAUACCAGAACGCCAUCUGACUGCGUCGCCGCCCAAAUCGCCUGGAGUUCGUCUCGCAAUGCCUCAAGCAAUGAUCAUGAUAUAGCCAUCGAUGAUCAAUUCAACGAUCAUUUCAUGAAUGAAGAGCAAGAGCUCAUACUAGCCAACGCAAUUAAACAAGCUAGGACACCAUCAGCCUCUGUCGCCGCUCAAAUCUCCUGGAGCGAAGCACGGGCUCGUGCCCGUGAGGUCGAAAACAUGGAACCGUUUCAAGCGAACUACUCCUGGAGCCAAGUCUUGCCUUCCUUGUCCUCUGCUGCUUGAGGCACUCUUACCUGGGUGUCUGUCGGAGCAUUUUUGCCAUGAUUAUUCGGAGGAAUGGGUUAGCUAUUGGCUUGUGAGCCGAACAUGCUUCAAGUAGUCAUUCAAGUAGUCAUUCAUAUAGUUCGUAGUUUAUCAUAGCAAUCUCAAAUCUAG